UUCCAUCACUACUCAGUGCACUACCUUUCUCCUGCAGUCAACACCAUCUGAUGGUAAAUAUCACUGAGUGUUUGGGCCGAACUAUGUCAGAUUUUGGAUUUAUUUUACCAGAUGACAAUACUAAGGACAAUCAAUGUUUUGACCAGGCAUAUUCACAACAGUUUGGCAUUGCAACAUUUCAGUUCAAUUUCAGUUCAACAACUAACAACUGUGAAGCACAAACUUUUAUGAAUUCCACUCAUUUAACCUAUGGUGUACCUGUCUGGUUUCAAUACAAUAGCACUUAUGAUCGUGUCAUCCUUUAUAACGAUAUAAUAGUGAACUACACAUGCCCUUUUCCACGUUUCUUGAAUGCAACCCUUGAUGUUGGCUUAUAUCCGAUAACAAGUCCUGACCGCUUAACUGUUGUAAGAUUUGGGACCUAUAUCCUUACAAUGCAACUGUUCAAGUAUUCUAACUUCACAGGACCAUAUACGGUAUCUGACCUGCCGAUACAGAUAAAAGUGGGCACACCCUUGUAUAUUGGAGCAAGUAUAAUGGGACCAGACCCACAACUCUUCUCUAUGAAGAUAGACUCUUGCUAUGUAACUCCAAGGAGUGACCCAAAUGAUCCAAUAAAAUACAACGUUAUCAGUGACGGCUGUCCAGUUUCAUGGUUUAAUAGCAUCCAUUUUAUUCGGGAUGGAGAAGGUCUUGUGGCUUAUUUUUCUAUGAAUGCUUUCAGAAUUGGCAGAUAUUCACAAGUACACUUGCAUUGCACUUUUUCCCUCUGUGCAGGAAUAUGUCCAACGUCCUGCACAGGUAUAAGAUGAACAGUUCCCUUCUGCAGGCCAGUUUGAGCAGAACCUGAGAAGAGAAGUUUUCGCCUGGAUGUUAAAGUAUGAAGAAUGGUGGCAGUACUUACUUCUACUAAUGAAAUUAAUCUAAUGUUCAGAAGAUCAAAAUGUCUGGCAAACAGUUCCUCUGAUUUCCCUUUAAAAUGUAUAACAUUCAUUAUGAUCUUACUUUCAUAUUCUUGUUUAUCUAUGCGCUCAGUAUAACAAUGAUAUGGGACAUAAGAGUAACAGCAGAACUAUGGGGCAGCAUAUUGUAACACAAAACAAAGUAGCAUGGAAGUGUUGGACACAUUAAAUGGGAAAUGUUCACACUAAUGCAGUAAUAAACUAAUUGGGAAAUAAAUUAUAUAACACAACUAUGCAUUCAGAAACUUUACAUAUGGGAAAUGGCCAAAGUAUCACAAAACUGCUCUCAGAAACUAAAAUAUGAUUUUUUUAUCCACAAAUUAAAAAAAAAUAUUUUGUAUCUUCUUGACAUAUUUAACGACUAUUGCUUUUAAGCUAAUGCAAACAACUUGCUCAGCAUUUAGAUAGAGAUAUGGAGAAAUGCUAUGCAAACCCUCACAAUUAAUGAGAGUUGAAGAAAGUAAAUUGAAAUAUAUUUUAUGGUCAUCACACAAAACAUCAGAUGUUAAUGCAUGUACAAUUUUUAUAAACCACACACUUUCUUGGACCUUACUCCAUUGUCUUUUUACUAUUACAAUCAUCAAAGGCAUUUGCAACCUUGUUUUUUUUUCAGAUGGAUUUAUUGAGUUGAUGUUUGUUUCUUUUUACCUUCAUAAAUAAUGAAUACACCUUCUACUUGCAAUUAUGCUGUAAGCUUUUUCAAUAAUACAAUUGUAAGUUUCCUUUGAGAAGUUUGCCUUGAGUAACUCUUCCCAAAGACCCAUCCUUUUAACCCCUGCAGGUCCAGUGAACACUUUCUUUAUUUGCUAUGACUACAUAGCUCUAGGACCCCUUAAAAAGGAAAGACAAAUGCACCAUCCAUAUGCUUGUGUCUCCAAAGUAUAAAGUGAUAAAGUCCUGCCUCUGACACAGGAGAUUCAUGUUCAAAUAAUGGUGCAGGUGUUGGAGGAAGCAGAUGGAGUUGGGUUGUAACUGAAAAGCUGAUGCCAGCUCAACUAUCUCGGUGGAAGUAGAACCCAUUAUCUGAUGGGUUGUGGGCCACCGGGAUGUAGAGGCUUGUUUAUGAUGAAGAUUAGCAAGGAACUAGGGAUGUAGGUUGGCAUUUUCAAGCCGGUUAUGGUAGCUCUCGCUGUCAGUGUUUGGGAAUAUACAUUUGCAGGUAUGAUCAUAAAAGGCAUUUACAAAGAUAGUUUCCCAACUUAACAAAGGCUUUGGAGCUUAUCCCUGGCAGGCCAGGAAAAAUGUCAGCAGUGGAGGCUUAAGCAGAGAAGGAAUUGUUGGUGAGAGUGGUCUUUAUUUGUGGGUACCUUGGGCUGCUUGUUCAGACUAUCUGCUGGGAGGGUAUAAAUAGUUGAUGAUAUCUUGGAGCACAGCUACACUAAGCAGUCUUUUUGCAUGCCUGAAUGACAGCUCCUUAUGGUUAACCUUUGCCCAAGUCAGUGGUCAUACUGCCAAUGAUAGGAACCAAAAGGGCUAUGACUAAUUGGAGGGGGUUGAUUUGAGGGUUGACAAAUGUAGAGGUAAAAAAUGCAUAGAAAAAUCAAAUACACUGACACCUAAAACACUUUCUUUUUAUGACCAUGCAUACUGUAAGCAGUAUGAGCUAAGCACAGUACAGUCCAGCACAACUAAACCCUUCCCUUAAUUAGUGAUUGGCCAUAAGCUAAUAAAAAAAAAACAAAAAAAAAAACAGAAAUAAGCAUUUUUUUUGAGAUGGACAAAUGACACACCUCAAAUGUUUACCUAUGCUAAUUCCAAGACUGCACAAGUAGGAAAGUGAAUCAAAUGGCACUAAAUGUUAUCAAAUGAUUUCUCUGCUCUGAGGUUGCACAUUUUUUAAUUUGAACAGUGUAACAAAAACUCAGUGAUCGUGUCUAAUGAUCCCCACCUGUCAUUGACGUGUGGCAUCUUUACACAGUAGAACUAAUCUGCAAGGACUGAAUGACUGGACCCACAGCAAUCUGUCCUGUUUCAGUCACCAAAAAAUACAGAAUGCAGACUUUCAUGGAUAACUAAACACUGCAGGAAACUGUCUUAACAGCUGCAGAACAAAAUUAAGAUAUCAUUUAAAGCUUAGACUUUUAAGUACUUUAAUGCAUUGUCUUAAUAUACCUGUAAAGUGAAAAAUCACAUAUAAUUUGCCUUCUAUACCAUCAUUGCUGUAUAAAUCAGUGUACUACAAUAAAUAUGUGGCUUUUUGUCCUGGGUUAUGCGAGAGGAAAAUCUCAUCUGAAACUAAUGCAAGUGGAUAAUGUAAAUGCUGGUAUGUUGAAAUAUGCACCUAAAUCAAGAGAUCCCUUUGAACCAAGAACCAUAAAGGGGUCUGUAAAUAUGCUGUUCAAGACUUAUACACUCAAAUGUCUUAUUUACUAUUAGAAAUGAAAUGUUUAUAUUGCAUUUUGCUCAUAGCUUGUACACAAGAUAUUUUCAGUUAAUCAAAGAAAUGAGAAGAUUGAAAAGAUAAGCAAAUUAUUAUCAAAAAAAGGGGUUAACCUCACUUUGUGGAUCUUGUUGAAAUCAGGGUUUAUUGUUUAAAAUAACAGAUUAAUAAAUAGUCUUUAC